AUGGCGCAUGCGGGCGUGAGAUUGAUUGCUUGGAUUACCAGCCUCGCUGCAAUUCUGAUGCUCGCAUUUGUUUGUAAAGAGUGGUCUUCGAAGAGCCAGGUUAUCAUCGCUGGUGCUGUCGGUUGUGCAAUUGCAAUGCUCAACGACAGCUGGGAGGUUCUAGCAGUGACAGAUGCUUCAUUCACAGUCCCCAGAUUAGCUGCCUCUAGAAGAGUCCUGCACGACUUAUUCUCCCUAGCUCUUUGUGUUGGCGGAAUCAUUAUGAUGUGGGUAUCAAACAUCAAUAUCACCGAAGACAAGAACGCCGAGCAGAAGCGUCAAGAGCAAUGGCUCAUGGCUGCCCUGUGGGCUUUAAUCGCCGUGGUGUAA